AUGGGGGCCAAGAAGAAGGGAGGGAAGAAGGGGAAGGGGAAGAAAGGAAAGAAGGAGGAAGUCAAGCAAGAAGAAACAGAAUAUGACAAUAUGGAUCUCGAGAUGCUGCAGGAGGUGGUUCCAAUGCUCAAGCAACAGCUGGAGAAGUCCAUGCUGGACCGUAACUACGUUCAACUCGAAAGGGACACCAUCCAAACGUUCUAUGACAUCACCCACCAAGAGGUCAAGACGAUGGAGCUCAAGACUUCGGCGAAGGAUAGGGAGAUGGAGCUGAUGGAGGACAACCACAGGGUGGAAGUCCGCGUGUACGUGCAGAAGGUGAAGCACCUGGAGUACGAGCACCAGAACAACCUCAAAUCCAUCACCAUGGACGGCGAGCAACUCUUGGGCGGCGAGGGCGAUCUCCACGGCAAUCGAAGCUCGGAGCUGCACCGAGCAAAGAAAGAUAUCAAGAGCGAGGUCGAGGAGCGUUACCUGCUCAACGCCGAGGAAAUCGCCCAGGUGAAGAAGGCUCACGGGAAGACGCUCACAAAGAUGCGGGAGGGCUUCGAGGUGAGCCUUUCGGAGCUGAGAGCCCGGUGCGACGCGAGGCUGGCCUCCCUGGAGGACGACUUGGAGCUCCGGAGAAAGGUGGACAUUCACGAGAUCGAGGAGCGAAAAAACCUCCACAUCAACGACCUGAUGAAGAACCACGAGAAGGCCUUCGGGCAGAUGAAGGCCUACUACAACGACAUCACCAACGACAACCUUAAGUUGAUUCGCUCCCUGAAGGACGAGCUGGUGGAGAUGAAGAAGAAGGCUGUGGCUAAUCAGAAGCUCAUGCUAGACAUAUCACACGAGAACAAGCGACUGAGCGAGCCGCUAACCGUGGCUCUCACCGACGUGGCCGAGCUUCACGCACACCUCAGGGGGCAGGAGAAGGACCGCAUGUCUCUCACCAACGCCAAGGCUAGGCUCCGAGUCAUCGACGAGCAGCUGUCAGAGGUCCGAGAUAGCCACAAAGAACUGGAGGUAGAUUUCGCGAGGGUGGUCGAGGAGAGGGACCAGCUAUACGACACUUUCGAGGGUGCAGUGAGGGCCAUUCAGCAGAAGAGCGACUUCAGAAACUUGGCCUUGGAGCAGCGGAUGUCUUCGGUGGAAGAAUCGAUCGAGAGGGCGGGAGUACAGCUGACGCAGAUUGUCACGGCGGCUAAGCUGGAUCCGCCGGAAGUGGAUCGCGUCAUGACGGGCCUGGAGGAGGUCCUCACCGCAAAGAACGGCGCCAUCAGCGACCUUCAGUACGCCUUCGUGAGGACCGCGAAGGGCUACAACGACUCCCUCCGCACCUACACCGCCAAGCUCAAGGCCUGUGGCGUGCCCGCCGAGGACAUCGCGAGCAUGGGCUUUGCCCCCUACACCACGAGCACGUCUCUCGGCCCAGCUGGACUUGUCGUGCGAUGUUAG